AAAAUGAAACUAAAAAUAAAAAACUUUCCGCGUCGAUUUUCCACUGAAGACCGUAAAAACUUUGCAAUUCAUUUCGGAGCAAUCAACGUGCAACACGAACAAGAUGCCAUCAUCGCCGAAUUUCCCUCCGAAACUCAAGCUGAGCGAUUUUUACGAGGACUUCAUCAAAAGGAAAUUCUUGGAACGCGACUCAGUAUCGAAUACUGCACAAAUUCUGACCAAAAACCACCUCUCGUGGCCACUCCAAAUGAAUUCAUCAUGAAAUAUCUCUCCAUGAAUCCCGGAUUGAACUUCAAUGACCCUCCUCCGCCGUACUUGCGCUACAAAUACCCCCAACCGACACGAGAAAUAAUCGAUUCCAUUUGCGUUGCUCUCGAAUCUGUGCCAAAAUUCUACACCCAAGUGCUGCAUUUGAUGAAUAAAAUGAACUUACCGCCUCCUUUCACGCCAUCUCAGGUCAUGAAACCACAAAAAAGCUUCAGUUCGGUGCAUUGUCAGACGGAAAUCAGUAACGUUACACGGAAACGACGCAUUUGGAGCGGUGACGGAGUCGGAAGUGACGAAUCUGAAAUGGAAAGUGAUGAUGAAAAGGAAGUUUCAAAGGAAGUUUGUGCUCCGAAACGACCUCGAAAGGCAAAUACUGUGAUUAAAAAUCCCGCGAAACGAUUUUUACAAGCCCAAAGUUAUCCAAAAAGUACGCCAAAAACAGAAUCAGAAGUUUUUGAGUCAAAUUUGGUUCAAAAUCGAACAAUUUCGAUUAAAGUUCCAAGUGAAUUGACCCCAAUUAAGACUGAAAUGCCUGAAAAUGUUCCAAAAAUCGCUCCUAAAGAGACUUCUGAGCCGAAAAAUGAUUCAUCUGUGACGAAAAUUACAAGAAAAGAUCUCGCCGACAAUCGAUUGUCUCCCGAACAACUCUCAAUCCUGCCAGUUUUCAAAAAUUACGCGCCAGGAGAGAAGUCUAACAAGCUGUACAUUAAAAAUUUAGCCAAAAAUGUCACCACAGAGGACCUAAAAAUGAUUUUUAGUAACUUUACAGUACGAAAUCUGGAUGAAAUUGAGAUAAAACUCAUGCAAAGUGGUCGAAUGAAAGGACAGGCCUUCGUAACUUUCAAUACUCCGUACGACGAUGACGUUCUCGAAGCAGGACAGGAUCGAAUGAUUGACCUUGCGUUGCGAGAAACGAAUGGAUUUCUUCUGAAAGACAAGCCAAUGGUCGUUAUGUACGGCAAAAGUAGUUGAUAUGAAUAAAUUUUAAAAAAUUAUUUUGUAUUUC